ACCGAGCUGAGCAACACUCUCUUAGCAUGGUCUGCAGUUUGCAUUUAUGUUAAGAGGAAGCUGCAAGCCGGUUGAUAAAGAAGGUUACACAGGAGUACUAGAUUGGGGGGUCUCUGCAUCACCAUGAUCCUGUAUCUGAAUUUGCUGAUGGUUUUGUUCCUGCUACAGUACCAAAACUGUAUGGCCGAAGGAAACCAAGCAAAUACUGGUACCACCUCAAUCAUACCUUCAUCUUCACCCAUUCUCAUCCAAUCUCAGACUUCUGCAACCACCACAGCACUCACUACCAACAGCACCCAAAGUGAUUUCCAAUCUAAUACAAGUGAUGGGUUCACAUCACCUCCAUUCAGUGCCAGCAAAGAUCCCUUACUUGCAAGCACCAGCUCUGCUGUCUCUUCUACACUCACUCCAACCAGCACAUUCACUCUGAGCUCAAGCACAGGUGAUUUCCAAUCUAAUACAAGUGAUGGGUUCACACCACCUCCAUUCAGUGCCAGCAAAGAUCCCUUACUUGCAAGCACCAGCUCUGCUGUCUCUUCUACACUCACUCCAACCAGCACAUUCACUCUGAGCUCAAGCACAGGUGUCUCACAAGAAUCUUCCUCUUUCACGCAUGCACCCUAUACUAACAAAGACGAUCUCACACCUACACCCAACAGCUCUGCUGAUUCAACUGCACGCACACCUUCAUAUGAAGGCAAUACCACCUCAGGUUCCCGCAACACUUCAGACUUCCAUACAACCAUCUCACCAACUGCAAACUUCUCCAUCAGUCCUACCCCAAUAGGUAAAAUGGACAGUAAUUGCAGUCAUAUAAAACCCAGAAUUAUUGAUACCUAUGAAGACAUCAGUGAAAUUUCAGUAACAGUGAUGAUUGAGCAUAUGACAAAUGAAGAACUAAAUUUUACACUCAACUGUAACAGAGAUUUUACCAAACAAAAUGAGACUUGCUAUACUUUCCUUUUUGACCAGUGUACCGACAUUACUGUCACAUGUAACUUUAUUGAGAGGCCUUGCAUCAACGACAUCACUUUCCCAGUACAGAUACCAUUGUAUGACAAAAAUUUUAAUUUAAAGCCUGAAGCCGGUCAAACCAAUAUUAUCUUUAAAUGGAACAAUACCAGUCUACUGGAUAAGUGUCAGAUAGAGGAAAACUAUAAUUGUACAGAUCAAAACAAUUCUUCUAAAAAAUACACAGCUCAUGGUCCAAAAAGGGAAGUGACAGGCUUGGAACCUUACACAGGCUAUAACUGCACAGCAAUGCUCAUUUAUAAAAAAAAGACAAUAAUCAAUAAAUUGAAGCAUAUAUUGACAAAGGCUGGAAAACCAGGGAAGAUCAUGAAACUUCGAUGUUCUAAUUCUACUGAUACGUCAAUUACUAUUAUGUGGGAAAAACCAGAAAUUCUUAAUGGCCCAUUGCCUGACUAUAAGCAAGCCGUAGAAAGCAAAGGUUACAAAAAUGAUACUAAAACUUCUAAAGAAACUUUUCAAACUUUUGGAAAUUUGCUUUCAUACAAAAACUAUAGUUUGUAUGUUAAGGCGUUCAAUGAAGAGCUUCACGGAGAAGCGGAAAAGAUAACAUGUCAAACUCGUGCUGGAAAACCUGGUACAGUAACAAAGAAACACAGAAAAUUAAUAGAAAAUAAUGGUAUUGAUAUUAAAUGCGAUUACGAAGGAUUGCCAAAGGGGCCAAAAAGGAUUUUUCAUCUUGAAUAUUCUGGAGUAACUAUGAAUCAGACCCAUUGCCACUUUCGAAUUCUGAACCUGAAUUAUUUGACCCAGUAUACAUUUAAGAUUAGUUUAUACAAUGGUGAACAUUAUGGACCCCCAAAAGAAUUUGUUAUAAAAACUAAAUAUAAUGAUAAGGCCCUCAUUGGUUUCCUGGUCUUCUUCAUUAUUAUUACGGCAUUAGCCUUGCUCCUGGUUCUAGGUAAAAUUUACAAACUACAGAGAGGUUCAUCAAGCCAGUGUGAGAGCUUGCCACUUGUUAACCAAGAUGAUGAGAAACAUCUGAUGAAUAUUGACCCCAUUCCUGUGGAGCUGCUCCUGGAUACCUAUAAAAAAAAGAAUGCAGAUGAGGGGCGCUUGUUUCUUGAUGAAUUUCAGAGCAUCCCCCGUGUAUUCAGCAAAUUUAGCAUUAAAGAAGCCAGAAAAUCCUGCAACCAAUCUAAGAAUCGAUAUAUUGAUAUUUUACCAUAUGAUGAUAAUCGGGUUGUUCUGUCUGAGAUACAAGGAGAGCCAGGAUCAGAUUACAUCAAUGCCAGUUACAUCAAUGGGUUUAAAGAACCCAGGAAAUACAUUGCUGCACAAGGUCCUAAGAAUGAAACAAUAUAUGAUUUCUGGAGAAUGGUUUGGGAGCAAAAGUCAACAAUAAUUGUAAUGGUGACACGCUGUGAAGAGGGGAACAGGAACAAAUGUGCUCAGUACUGGCCAUCAAUGGAGGAUGAGUUUGCAACUUACAAUGAGAUUGUUGUGAAAAUCACAGGGGAGAAAAUCUUUCCUGACUACAUCACACGAAAGCUGCACAUCAACAAUGAGCGGGAGAGAUCUGAAAGAGACGUGACUCACAUCCAGUUCACUGUCUGGCCAGACCAUGGGGUUCCCGAUGACCCCAAUCUGCUCCUCAAGUUACGGAGAAGAGUUAAUGCACUGAGCAAUUUCUUUAGUGGGCCAAUCAUUGUUCAUUGCAGUGCUGGUGUAGGGCGUACAGGAACAUACGUCAGCAUUGACGCCAUGCUUGAAGGCCUUGAAGCUGAGAACAGGGUGGAUGUGUAUGGCUAUGUUGUACAGCUGAGACGCCAGCGUUGCCUCAUGGUCCAAGUAGAGUCUCAGUACAUCUUCAUACACAAAUGUCUGGUAGAAUACAGUCAGUUUGGGGAGACAGAAAUCAGCAUUCCUGAACUACCUAACUCACUCAACAACCUAAAAACCUGUGACCCUCCAUCAGAGCCUUCCCAGCUGGAGAGUGAGUUUCAGAGAAUCCCGUCUUAUAGGAACUGGAGACAGCAGAAAGUUGGUAAUGACCAGAGCAACAAGGAUUUGAAUCGCAACCCCAAAAUUGUCCCAUAUGACUAUAACAGAGUCCAAAUAAAGUUGGAGGAAGAGCAGUCAAAUGAGGAAAAUGAAGAGGAGUCUGAAUAUUCCUCCGAUGAGGGUGACACUGAGGACGGCACUAAGUACAUUAACGCCUCUUACAUUAUAGGAUUUUGGGGAACCAGAGCCAUCAUUGCAACUCAAGGACCUCUGGAGAACACAGUGUCCGACUUCUGGCAAAUGAUUUUCCAAAAAAAGGUCAAAGCCAUUGUCACAUUGUCUGCACCAUCCCAGGAAAACAAGGCAGCCUGCUUUCCAUACUGGGAGAAAAAGAAAGAGACAUAUGAAGAUCUUGAGGUGGAACUGACCAAUGAGAAGUCUUGUGGCAGCUUCACUGAGCGCACCUUUGAAAUCACAUACUCCAAGAAAACAGACAAAAGGACUGUUUGCCAGUUCCAUUAUGAGCAGUGGGUGGAAGAGCUUCCUGGGAACUCCAAAGAGCUGCUAAAUAUGGUUGAGAAGAUCAGAAAGGAAUUCCCAGACAAAGGAGUGGAGGAGCCAAGCAAGCACGACAAAUCUUCCUCGCUCGUUGUUCACUGCAGUGAUGGAUCUCAACAGACAGGAACUUUCUGUGCCUUAUGGAAUCUUUUGGAAAGUGCCGCCAUUGAGGGAGUCAUUGAUGUUUUUCAGACUGUAAAAAAUAUACGCAAACAGCGGACUGGAAUGGUCUACUCCUUGAAACAUUACCAGCUCCUGUAUGAUAUUAUUGCCAGUACUGUGCCAGCUCAGAAUGGUCAGAUUAAGACACCCAUCCGGCAGGAGGACACUGUGGUAAUUCAGAAUGAAUUAGCUGUAAAAGCUCCAGUGGAAAAGGAAUCUGAGAAGAAUUCUGUCCAACAGGAGGAUGAAGUUGAAACUAAACCGAAAGAGGACGAAAGCACCUCCAAUGGCCCAACAGCUGCCCCAUUCACAGAAGUGACUCUGAGAAUAGAUGAAUAAUAAGAGAAUGGAUGAGAAAGCAGAAUAAAUAUUCACAGUUCACAGACUCAGGACUGUUUUAGCAUUGCAACGAACAGUACAGUUACAAAAUGGGCAACAUAAUGGAGUGUAUCCAAUCCAUGUACACCAUUUAACCCAGAUCAGUUGCAGCUGUGAAUAAUGAAUAAAUACAUGGCUUAGACUGCACACAGUUGUUGUAUAGUGGUUUUCUGCUGUAAUGUGAUGAGAAGUUUAUAUGUAAGAAGAGCAAUGGCAAUCUCCGUGUAAUAUAGCUAUGCAAAUAGUCAUGAUAUUCUCCAAAAUGCUUUAGAAUAGUAAUUCGUAUGCAUGUAUGGUCGCAGACAUGCCUUUAACUUGUUUUGCUCUGUUAGUGUACCCUUGCAAAUGUGUGUGGCUUGGAAUUAAAUGGAUGAUUAUAAUGGGUUAUUUUGAAAUUGUUCAAAGAAGCAAAUUAUGAUAUGUCUCUUGCUAUAGUCAGCAGUCGGCACUGUUACAGAUGACCAACUAUGGGCAGAAAUUCAAUACAUAUAAAUUAUAUAAGUCGUGGCAUAUUUUCUGCAUCAAUUCAUAUUAGAAUUACCGUUAUCCAGAAACCCAUUAUCCUGAAUGCUACGAAUUACGGGAAGGCCAUCUCUGAUUUUGAAAUUUUUUUUUAAAUUGAUUUCCUUUUUCUCUGUAAUAAUAAAACAGUACCUUGUACUUGAUCCCAACUAAUAUAUAAUUAAUCUUUUGGAAAAACAAUAAUUUUAAGUUUAUUUCACAUUUAACUAGACUUAAAGUAUGCUGAUGUAUAUUACAGAAAGAUCCCUUAUCCGGAAAACCCAAGCAUUCUGAAUAACAGGUCCCAUAUCUGUAUUAACAAAACUUCAUUUUCACACUUUUAAUUGAAAGCAGCUGAUCCACUCAUGGUAUUGGCACAUUCGGUGCACACUUGAUGAAAUGUGGAAUGGGAACAUUCAUCUUUGUUCAGAAUAGAUUGAUAGAAGCCCUGUACAUAAGCAUCUUAAAUUCCUUAUGAUUUUUCUUCAUAAAUUUAAGUUAUGGGUUACAUGCUUGAAAAUCAUAUUUAAAAAAAAAUAAAUAAAACGUUUUUAUUUGAA